GGCCUCCAACCCACAAACAAAUAGCAGGUUCCUUCGCGGACGUCUGCCAAUCAGAGACUAAUGCGCAUAUCUGCUGUUGAGGAAUGGGCGAAAUUUCUCGCUCUGCUUUGGACUGUAGUCAUGGCUGCCGAACGCCUGGCAAAUAUUCCUCAGGUGGACAUCAGUUCGGACGGCGUUUUUAAAUACGUCCUCAUUCGAGUACACAGCACCGAAGACGGGGAUGACUCGAAUAUAGAAAUUGUUCGAGGUUAUGCAUGGGCAAAUUAUCACGCUGAUAUCUACGAACUGGUAGCCGCUGAACUCCAGAAGGGAGGCGAACUUGACUGUCAGUGUUUGGGAGGGGGGAGAAUUAACCACGACAGCCAUGCGAAGAAGAUUCAUGUCUAUGGCUACUCCGUGGGAUUUGGCCGGGCCGAUCACUGCGUCGCCACAGAGAAGCUGAAGGCCCGGUACCCCGAGUACGAGGUGACCUGGGCUGACGAGGGCUACUGAGAAUCCCCUGGAAACAGUCGCUCAGAAUGGGAUCGGGGCAGAGCCGGCCUGUCCGCACCCGGCUGGAUUUGCUGGGUAGAUUUGCCCUGAAGGAAUAACACUGGGUUUGCGACGGUGGAACCUGCAGUUUUAAGCUCGUAGUGGACAUUAAAUAGCCAGUAUUUGAACUAUAUUGAUCUUGAAACAUACCGGCAGACCACUGAUAUGUUUUUGAACCGGAAUGUUUCCUGUGCUGUGGAAAUAGGGACAGUCAUUGAAGUUGGACUUGAGCUCUGUGUGACUUUAACUUCUGCUGUUACAUUCGGUGCUGUUGGUUUGUUGCGAGGAGAGAAAAUUGUAUUUAUGUUUAUAGUUGUGUUAAUGUAGGCCUAUCUAAUAUUUCGAUCAUGGCUAUAGAUUAUUAUUUAGCUAUGUGCUUUUUUUAGAUGCAUGAACAGCUACAAAAUAAAAUUUUAAAAAAUGUAAAAAUAA